AGUAAGAUUAUGGCAGACUAUAGCCACUCACAAAAACAGAUGGAAUUACAAAAUGCUAGUUUGGGAAAGGGUUCUGUGGCGAAUUCCCUUGAAAAUGGUCUCCAGGAUAUUAUGGAAAACCUCAACACGAAGAAAUAUUCAUCAACUCUUAAAUUUAAAACAAAUGGGGACUAUGCUGGCUCUUAUUUAACCCUUUCACAACCUAUGCCAAUUAAACCUAAUCCUUCCACCAGUGUUAAAAAUACGCACUCUAUUAACAAAAUUCAAGGAGGCAAGCAGUUCCCCUGUGAAAGCCCAUAUCAUCCAGAUAAAAGCAUCUCUGUAAAGCAUUUGGGUUCCAUAUCAGGCAUGUCUCCAUCCCUCAGCGGGUAUAGUUCAGGAAGGACAGAUUUUGACAUUCAUGCCAGCAGAGAAAAUGAAAAAUCCCUUGGGCACAUAGAUAAGUUUCACUAUUCAAAGUACAGUCAGAGAAAUAAAUCUUAUGACAACAUCUACUUCCCAGGAAUGCUGGAGUCAAAGAAGAUCUCAGGCUCUCUUCUGACCAUGUGGAAUGGAAGCUCGGGGAACGAGCUGGUGCUUUCACCAGGCAGCAGUUCUGGGGCAGCCAGCAUGCCUUCUAGCCCAAAGCAAGGCAGGAGAAUGAAUGCUGAGAACAGUCUGGCCCUUCACAUAAAGCCAGUUAAGUACAAGGAUGGGAUGAUGGAAACUCUGGGUUCACGGCCCAGGAAAUACUCUGGUGGAUCUCUAAGUCAUAUGGGAAUGUACAGUCGUUCCCUACCCAGGCUUUAUAAAUCAACAGAAAACCAGCUGGUGCCAUUAAGUUUGCCCCCCAGAAGCUCUCUGGGUAAUAGUAAAAGGAAAAAAUUUGGAGAAAAAGAUCUACCUCAGAAUGCUUUUGAUGCUGAUAAUUACCUGAAUUUUUCUUCUUGCAGCUCAGGGGUUUCACCACAUGCGAACUCUGUCUCUGGGAGUAAUCCCUAUGUCAGUUCAACUCUUAGUGUUCCUGCAAGCCCUCGUAUUGCUAAAAAAAUGCUUUUAGCACCUUCUUCCCCAUAUCUCCCUGAUGAUUUUGAUAGACUUGGACUCUCAGGAACAAGUCCCAGUAGUUCUUUCUCCCCAGUGGAUUUUGACAGGUCGUUCUCUGUCCGAAGAAACCUUUCCACCAGUUCCAUGGAACUUGAUGACCCAGAUCUGGAAAGUUACAGACAGACACCAAAUUCUCUGCAAACAUCCAUGCGAGAGCGGAAGAACAGCAUUAGCUCCAUUUCAGGAAGGGAAGACCUCAUGGACUAUCACAGGAGGCAGAGGGAAGAGCGGCUUCGGGAGCAGGAGAUGGAACGGCUGGAGCGACAGCGGCUUGAGACAAUUCUCAAUCUGUGUGCAGAAUACUCCAAAUCUGACAACGACCCUGCUGCGGCUACCACGGUUGCUGACGUUCAAAAAAUUAACAAAGAACUCGAAAAACUUCAGCUCUCUGACGAGGAUUCCGUGUUCGAAGACUCCCAGAUGAACCUGGAAACGAGGUUCAGAGGCCACUUGAAGUCAUCUGCGAGCGACUCGGAUUUCUCAGAGCUGAGCAGCCACAGCCGUGGCACUGCUGCUUGCCUGCCCUCGCGGGGGCUGAGGGCUGAUGAGCACUUCAGUGAAAGCACCAAGCCUCCACCUUUUGCUGCUCCCAGCUUCCUGAAGGACACCACCGAGUCAUCCUACCUAAGCAUCACACCAAAGAUAUCAGAAUGCUCCAGUGAAGAGCAGAGAAGGCAGGAGCUUGGUCGACUGGAGGAGGAACGCAUAGUAAUACUGAAUAACUUGGAAGAACUUGAGCAGAAGAUCAAAGAUUUAAAUGACCAGAUGGAUGAAUCCUCAAGAGAGCUGGAUAUGGAAUGUGCCCUUUUGGAUGGGGAACAGAAAUCUGAAACAACAGAGCUGCUGAAAGAGAAGGAAAUAUUGGAUCAUCUAAACAGAAAAAUAGCUGAACUGGAGAGAAAUGUUAUUGGUGAAAAGACAAAGGAAAAAUUAAAACUUGAUGCUGAGAGGGAAAAACUAGAGAGGCUUCAGGAGCUUUACUCCGAGCAGAAGACGCAGCUUGAUAAUUGCCCUGAGUCCAUGAGGGAACAGUUACAGCAGCAGCUGAAGAGGGAUGCUGAUAUUCUGGACAUAGAAAGCAAACACUUUGAAGAUUUAGAAUUUCAGCAGCUUGAACAUGAAAGCAGGUUAGAUGAAGAGAAGGAAAAUCUGACACAACAGCUCCUGCAUGAAGUAGCUGAAUAUCAGCGCAGCAUUGUCAGCAGAAAGGAAAAGAUUUCUGCUCUCAAAAAACAAGCCAGUCAUAUUGUCCAACAAGCACAAAGAGAACAAGAUCAUUUUGUAAAAGAGAAAAACAACUUAAUAAUGAUGCUGCAAAGGGAAAAAGAAAAUCUCUGUAAUCUGGAAAAGAAAUAUUCCGCACUUUCCGGAGGAAAGGGAUUUCCUGUCAGUCCCAGUAGUCUGAAAGAGGGCUAUAUCAGUGUAAGUGAAAUUAGUGAGCUGUAUGGCAAUUCCACGAAUAUAUCCCCUUCCACUCAGACCCCCUCAGAUGUUGAAGCAGUUGCCACUGAGCCUUCCAUGGCUGUGCUGACGAGCCAGCCACAAAAUAAAGAGCAUUUCAGAAACCUGGAGGAGCGCAAGAAGCAGCACAGGGAGUGCACGUACCUGAGUGAUACCUUGCCCCACAAGAAAACCACCCCAUCUGUGUCUCCCCACUUCAACAGUGCCACGCUGGGACGCAGCAUCGCAAACAAAGGACAUUUACCAUUAGGACAGAGCAACAGCUGUGGUAGUGUACUUCCUCAUUGCCUGGCAACCAUGACCAAAGAGUUGGAGUCGAGAAGGAUGCACAAAGGGUAUAACCAUCAGCGCAUCUGUGAAAACCAAAGGCAGAAGUCUCCAGAAUUCUACAGCAGAACAGCAUCAGAAUCCAAUGUGUAUUUGAACAGUUUCCAUUACCCUGAUCGUAGUUACAAGGACCAUGCCUUUGACACGUUAAGCUUAGACAGUUCUGACAGUAUGGAGACAAGCAUAUCAGCAUGCUCACCAGAUAACAUUUCCAGUGCUAGCACUUCAAACGUUGCAAGAAUAGAGGAGAUGGAGAGACUUCUCAAACAAGCACAUGCUGAAAAGACUCGGCUGCUUGAGACCAGGGAACGGGAGAUGGAAGCUAAGAAACGAGCUCUGGAAGAAGAAAAACGCCGCAGAGAGCAACUGGAGAAAAGACUGGAGGAAGAAACAAGCCAGAGGCAAAAAUUAAUUGAAAAAGAAGUCAAAAUACGUGAGAAACAAAGAGCACAGGCCCGUCCCUUGACUCGCUAUUUGCCCGUUAGGAAGGAAGACUUUGACCUACGGAGCCACAUUGAAACAGCUGGGCACAACAUAGAGACCUGCUACCACAUUUCUCUCACUGAGAAGACCUGCCGAGGCUUUCUGAUUAAAAUGGGAGGAAAAAUUAAAACAUGGAAAAAACGGUGGUUUGUUUUUGACAGAAACAAGAGAACUUUUACUUAUUAUGCAGACAAACAUGAAACUAAAUUAAAAGGUGUAAUAUAUUUUCAAGCUAUUGAAGAAGUCUAUUAUGAUCAUCUAAAGAAUGCAUAUAAGAGUCCCAACCCCUUGCUGACCUUCAGUGUUAAGACUCAUGACCGCAUCUACUACAUGGUUGCUCCUUCUCCAGAAGCCAUGAGGAUAUGGAUGGAUGUCAUUGUUACAGGCGCAGAAGGCUACACCCACUUCAUGUUAUAA